AUGGUCACUGUCCGAUCCGAUGACAUUGAGUACAAACAGCGAUGCUAUGUCCAGGCAUUGAGGUUCUCUGCUGGCUGGACAUAUGAUCGCAUUUCCAAAGACCAAAACCUUCCUCUCUCUACAGUAGCGAAGAUCUGUAAUACUCCUGCUACACCUAAGAGAAAGAAUAGGUGUGGUAGGAAGAUCAAAAUCGAUACACCUACUCACCGUAGGCUUGUCUACGUUGCUACCUUAAACGCCGAGAACCGCCGCAAACCCUACGCAGACAUCGCACAACUUGUUGGAGUAGAAGCUGAUAGUAAGACUUUACAAGAAGCUUUUGCCAAAGAGGGUUAUCACCGAUGUUCAGCACGCAAGAAGCCAUCUCUCGAUGAUAUUAAGCGAGCAAAGCGGUUGACAUUUGCCCUAGCUCAUCGACACUGGACAGUACAAGAUUGGAGGCGUGUAAUAUGGACAGAUGAAAGCUAUAUAUGGCUAGGGGGUAAGAGGGGGAGAGUUUAUGUCACACGUGCGGUGGAGGAGGUUUGGUUAGAAGAUUGUCUUGCCCCCAAGUUCAGUAAGCAAGAUUCAGUUAUGAUUUGA